UUCCGAGUACGUCUUUGUUUUGAAAAUAGUGACACAGUACUGUGUGUUUAGGAUAAUACUUCUGUUGACGUGCGUUCCACUGAUAGGUAUUUUCUUUAAAUUGGUUAUCUUGAGAAGGGGACACCGCUUAAGAGUCUCUUGUUAACUUGUCACGCUGACUCCUAUGCGUAGUUCUGUCUGUUGAGGAAAGUCAGUGGUACAUCAUCAUGAUCAUGUCUGUCAUGAUGAAUAAAAAAUAUUAAUUUGCCCGCUGAGCGAGCGCCUACGACGUUACUAAGGCUGUAAAUGAAAAAUGAAAUAAUAUAACCGCGCUCAGCUUUGAAAACUGUUCCACGAAGACUUGUAGACGUAGUUCCACUCCAGCAGCAGCAGUAAGUAAGGUUACGUUGCGAGCCGCUAUAAUCAUCAUCAUCAUCAUCAUCAUCACGAUCAUGUCCGCCGUGGAAACAUGUUGCGUGGUCACAGUUUUCGAGUCGCUCCAAGAAAACCGUGAUGAAAGUGGCUCCGAUUCUCUGCAAACACCGAGGCUCCCGCCGGCACAUAAAUGUCUGAGCUGCACUGGAGUCAUGAUUCUGAAUGAUGAUCGCGGCAGUGGAAUUGUGUUGUGCAGCGGCCCCAUGUUUUCCCACUUUCUCAUUAGUAAGGAGAACACGUUCCCAGACCGCCAGUUUUUGUUACGAGACCGUUUCAGCAACAAACUUGAAAUAUAUGUGCAACACACAGGAAAAGCAGUUGUUCCUGCAAUAAAUCACGACUGUGAGAAAAUCGUGAGAACUUGCAGUAAAUUAUACAAGCAGCAGAAUAUAGCCACUCUGAAGGCAGAAUUAAUCAUGGUGGUGAACUGUGUGGAGUUCCGGACAGCAUUUCUUAAUCUGUUCAAACAGUCCGACAAAUGGAAGUUUUACAGCAGUGAAGGUGAUUGUGAUCUAACUGAGGACUGUGCAUUUUUAAGCUGGUUUGCGGUACUUGGGGUUCCUCACCUGCACGAGUCAAAGCACGAAGGUCACGUGCGCUGGGAAUCAAGUUGUGUUCUAGAAAGGGGCUGGGAGGUUUUUGCCUGCGGUUCUCCUUUUGGCUCCUUGUGCCCUGACCUCUUCAUGAGCACCCUGAGCAAAGGGAUAGUAAGCAAUCUUGCUGGAGAAGAUCACGCCCUUAUCCUCACUGAUGCACGCUGCUUGCCAGGCACAGAGGGGGGAGGACUGUUUCUCAGAAAAGGAGACUGCGAUUUCCUUGUGGGAGUGAUUGUGUCUCCUUUAUGCUGGAAAGCCGCCGAAUGGAUUGGCCUCACUUUAGUGUGUUCUUUUCACUUGAUACUAAAGAACGUAGUACAGUCCCUUAAUCUUUGCAGUUCAUUGCGAAGAUUCAUUUUUCUUGUACCAACCCCUUUGAAUGAAGCUUUGCCGCGCAAAGGCCAGUCCACAGCUAUGCAGAAUUUUCCUGUCGUCGUUUUGGUUGACAGUGGCAAAUUCUGGGGCAGUGCAAUUGUUUUAAGUUCUCAGCUGAUAAUGACAUGCAGACAUGUCUUGAAUGGCAAAACCGGUGUGAUUGUGAGGUACAAGAUGCCUGAAAGACUACUUGCUAGGAAGGGUGAUGUGUUGUAUGCCACAAAAUUUUCAUCACCGUUUGAUGUAGCAAUAGUGAGACUGAAAGAACACCUUCCUGAUAUUUUUGUACCAACAUGGGCAUCAUCCUAUAAGCCAGGUGAAGAUGUGUACGUCAUAGGCCAUGGUGUAUUUGGAGAGAACUGUGGCCCUUCUGUGACUUCAGGGAUCCUGUCUAGAGUUAUCGAAUCCAAUUGUGAACCAGUAAUGCUGCAGACUACAUGUGCAGUACAGGCUGGAGCUAGUGGGGGUGCUGUGGUGAGAGCAGCAACUGGAGAACUGCUGGGUCUUGUUACCAGCAACACAAGGGACUUUGUAGCAGAAGUGACCUAUCCGCACUUAAACUUCAGUAUUCCAGCAGCUGUGUUGGAGCCCUUACUGCACGAUUUUUCUGUAACAGGUGAUCCCAAAGCUUUUAAGAAACUGGAUGAAGCAGAGGAUGGGGUAGUAAGGGUGUGGCGGCUACAAAACAAACCACAACAGUUCCCAGACUGUAAACUUUGAUGAGCUAUAGAUUAAACAUGUUUUUACUUCCUUGGCAACAUUUGACUAUUUUCUUGAGGUUAGCUGGAUAAUUUAGCAUUUGAAGAAAAAAUGUUAUUUCACAUUCAAGUUUCUUAUCCACCAUAAAUACAGAAAAGGCAUUUUUGUUUUAUAUUCUGUAUUUGACUUUAAUUUGUAUUGAAAAUCUGCA